UUCAUAACUACUUGGAUUACUUCCCAGAUCUAAUCAGCACCAUGUUCCGCUUUUUCCUGUUAGCUGUCUGCACCGCUGGUAUUGCCUCUGCUGGGGUCUCCAAGCGAGGCCUUCAAGCCGCCGACUCUCAGUCGCAGGCGAGCCACGAUUUGGGAGCCAUCCACGUAAUAUCCGGUGGUUAUGAAGCUGGUGGUUAUGGCGGAGAGUUUGAGGAGCACGGUGGUUCCGAUAGCAAUGGCGCGGAACUUACCAGUCUCGCUCAUAGCUCCGCUCUCCAGGCCAACAAUGCUGUCCAGAACCAACGCACAGCUGGAAGUCAGGCUGCUUUCGGAGUAGCUAGCAGUUUCGCCACAGCUGCCACUGGUGCAGCCCAAACCGCUCAAGCUGCCCUCGUAGGCAAACAAGCCAUUGUGCAAAACCUCAGAAGACAACUGGCCGACGCCCAACACCAACUCCAGGAGGAAAUCACCCAGUACCAACAGACUGCAUCUGCCGCUCAAGCUGCCUAUUCCACCGCCCAGCAGGCCCAAUCUCAAGUCACCAGCUUGAGCGCCGCUAUCUCUGCGGUCCAAAGCGGCGCCCAGAACGCCCAACAGGCCGCUGCUGAAGCUGCCAGGGUAUCAGCCGCCCAACAGUCCAUGGUCGUUGAAGCUAAACAACGUGUGGCUCAGAUUCUCAGCCGUAUUGACAACGCUGUUGCCGAGUUGCACGAAACUGAAGUGUCCGCCCAAAGGGCAGCUCAAUCCGCUCAAGUGGCUCAAUCCAACGCAGCUGCAGCUGGCGCAGCCGUAGCUACCGCCAGUGCCCAAGGAAUUGGAUCUAAAGGGGGUCAUCAUCAUUAUUAGUAUACUGCAUCGAGCACUGUAAUUUUAAAAUUAAUAAUGUAUCUAUCUGGUCAGUAGAAAAUAAUAAGGUUUAAAA